UCUGAAAUCUGGCAAUAGAGACAAAUUUAAAUAUCUCUUAAAGUUUAUUUAUGUGUUAAUUUUUUUAAUAAAUUUUAAUUUAAUGCUCUAGCAGUUUGUAUAUGAAUGCAAAUCAUUGUUUUUUUGCAAUAUUGCAUCCGACAUUCCAAAUUAGUUUUAAUGAACGGGGUUCCUUGAUCUCUACUAUAACUCCUGAUUUUAUAACACAAUUUAUAGUUUUUAUUAAAAAUUAUUGACUUAUAAAAUUAGAAAUCAUGCGAUGUAAGAUUUGCAGAACUGCAAAGUAGGCUGUUAAAUACAGCUGAAAUGCAAUGGCUGAUAUGGGGUCUGCAAGUUUUUUGCAUAUUGGGGAUAUAGUAUCCCUCUAUGCGGAAGGAAAUGUUAGUGGCUUUUUGAGCACUUUAGGUUUAGUAGAUGACAGAUGCGUCGUCCAACCAGAUGCAGGAGAUCUUGCAACUCCACCAAAGAAGUUUCGGGAUUGCCUUUUUCGAAUGUGUCCUAUGAGCAGAUAUUCUGCUCAGAAACAGUUUUUAAAGGCUGCCAAACAGAGUACAACAAGUGCCACCGAUGCUGUUCUCCUAAAGAAAUUGCAUCAUGCUGCAGAGCUGGAAAAGAAACAAAAUGAAUCUGAAAAUAAGAAAUUGAUUGGCACUGUUAUACAAUAUGGUGGAGUUAUGCAAUUAUUACAUCUGAAGAGCAACAAGUAUCUGACUGUCAAUAAAAGAUUGCCUGCACUUUUAGAAAAAAAUGCAAUGAGAGUUUGUCUAGAUUCUGCUGGCAAUGAAGGCUCUUGGUUUUACAUUGUGCCUUUUUAUAAACUGAGAUCAACAGGAGAUAAUGUUGUUGUGGGAGACAAAGUCGUUUUAACACCAGUAAAUGCUGGGCAACCUCUACAUGCUAGUAAUUAUGAACUCCAGGAUAAUCCAGGAUGCAAAGAAGUUAAUGCUGUAAAUUCGAAUACAAGUUGGAAAAUAUCACUUUUUAUGGAGUAUAAGGAAAAUAUUGAUGAUGUUCUUAAAGGCGGAGAUGUUGUUCGAUUAUUUCACGCCGAGCAAGAGAAGUUUUUAACAAUGGAUGAUUAUAAAAAAACUCAAUAUGUAUUUCUUCGUUCAACUGGUCGUACUACUGCUACUGCUGCUACCAGCUCCAAAGCUUUAUGGGAAGUUGAAGUGGUACAGCAUGACCCUUGCAGAGGAGGUGCUGGUCACUGGAACAGUUUAUUCAGAUUUAAACAUUUAGCAACGGGACAUUAUUUAGCUGCUGAAGUAGAUAAUGAUGACACUGUUGAUGCCAUGAGAUCGAAAUUACGGGGUUUGUCAAAUAAUCAGGUGUUUAGCUUAGUUGCUGUACCACACUCUACUGAUAUAGCUUCUAUAUUUGAACUUGAUGCAACAACUCUUUCAAGAGGAGAUGAUUUAGUGCCUCAAUCUUCAUAUGUGAGAUUACGUCAUUUAUGUACCAACACUUGGGUGCAUAGCACGACUAUACCAAUUGAUAAAGAAGAAGAACGACCUGUUAUGUCAAAAGUGGGAUGUGCUCCAAUAAAAGAAGAUAAAGAAGCUUUUGCAAUCGUCCCUGUUUCUGCUACUGAAGUUAGAGAUUUAGAUUUUGCAAAUGAUGCUUGUAAAGUACUUGAUUCUAUAUCUGGCAACUUAGAGAAAGGGCAAAUUAUUCAAAAUGAGAGAAGGUUUGUCACACAAUUAUUGCAUGAAGUUAUCUACUUUGUUGCGAUGAAGGAAAAUGAUCCGAAAAAACCAGACCCUUUUGAUCUUGUGGUUUCACAUCCAAACCGGGAACGUCAGAAGCUUUUGCGAGAACAAAAUAUUCUUAAACAACUUUUUAAAAUAUUGCAAGCUCCAUUUGUUGAUUGUGGUGAUGGACCGAUAUUACGAAUGGAAGAGCUAAGUGACCCCAGACAUGCUCCUUUUAAGCAUAUCUGUCGUUUAUGCUACAGAAUUUUAAGAUUAUCCCAGCAAGAUUAUCGAAAAAAUCAGGAAUAUAUAGCAAAAUGGUUUGGUUUUAUGCAAAAGCAAAUUGGCUAUGAUGUGUUGGCUGAGGAUACAAUUACAGCUUUACUUCAUAGUAAUCGUAAACUGUUGGAAAAGCAUAUAACUGCCGCUGAAAUCGAAACAUUUGUCAGCCUGGUGCGCAAAAAUCGUGAGAGCAGAUUUUUAGACUAUUUAUCUGAUCUCUGUAUUUCUAAUAAAGUUGCAAUUCCUAUUACACAAGAACUUAUCUGUAAAGCUGUUUUAAGCCCUAAAAAUUCAGACAUCCUCAUUGAAACUAGAAUGGUUAGAACUCAACUGGAAGUCGAAGUUGAGGUUGAAAGUACAAGUGGGGAAGUAGAGCCAAUGGUUACCAUCGAAGAAGAAGAAGAUGUAGUACUUUUUUGGGAUAAUGGUCGUAAAAGCAAAAGUGUUCGGGAGCUAGCAUCUGGUGCUGCUGAUAGUAACAAAGAAGAUCAAUCUAUUCUUUCUUAUUACAGACAUCAAUUAGACCUAUUUUCUGGAAUGUGCCUUGAUCGACAGUAUUUAGCCAUUAAUAAUUUGUCUCCUCAUCUUGACAUUGAUCUCAUUCAAAAAUGUAUGGCUGAUGAGACUUUACCUUUUGACCUGAGAGCUGCAUUUUGCAGAUUGAUGUUACAUAUGCAUGUCGACAGGGAUCCACAAGAACAAAUUACACCAGUCAAAUAUGCUCGACUAUGGUCAGAUAUAACUCGUAAAUUAUCAAUUCAAGAUUAUGAUGCUAAUAAACAUCCAGAUCCUAAUAAAGAAGCAGUUAGAGCUAAAUUUGCUCCCACUAUUGCAUUUGUAGAAGAUUACCUUUGCAAUGUUGUUGGCCAUAUGUGGUCUUUUGCCGACAGAGAACAAAAUAAGCUAACUUUUGAAGUUGUGAAGUUGGCUCGUGAAUUGAUUUAUUUUGGAUUCUACAGUUUCUGUGAUCUUUUACGGCUCACAAAAACUUUAUUAAGUAUUUUAGACUGUGUUCCAGAAUCCAGCUUUUUGAAUGGUAAAUUAACAGCUGCUGAUUUAGAUGCUCGUGGUGGUGUUCUGAAAUCCAUUGGUGACAUGGGUGCUGUAAUGACCAAUAUGGUGUUGGGCACAUCCGGUAUGACUAAGCAAGUCAAUGCAACUAUGCAAAAGAAAGCCUCUAUAACAGGUGCUGAAGAUACUUUAGUCAUGGAUACCAAGCUGAAAAUAAUAGAAAUUUUGCAGUUUAUUUUAAAUGUUCGCCUUGACUAUAGAAUAACUGGAUUACUUUCAAUUUUUAAACGAGAAUUUGAUGAAAGUCAAGAUAAAAGUGCUUCUGAGGAAACAUUGACUAUUGGAGAAAAAGGCAUUGAUUUAGAAAGAAUUAGUUAUCAUGCAGAAUCUAUAUUUGGUGGAAAGGAUGAUUGUACAGAAAUUGAUUUAGAUGGUCAAGGUGGGCGGACCUUUUUAAGAGUGCUGCUUCAUUUAACUAUGCAUGAUUAUCCUCCAUUAGUGUCUGGUGCCUUGUUACUUUUAUUUAGACAUUUUAGUCAGAGGCAAGAAGUGUUACAAGCUUUUAAACAAGUUCAACUUCUAGUAUCAACAAGUGACGUUGAAAAUUAUAAACAAAUUAAGAGCGACUUGGAUGAAUUGAGAUUGUUAGUUGAAAAAUCUGAAUUAUGGGUCUUCAAAUCAAAGAUGGAGGAGGUGGCCAAGAAGAAAAAGCCCAAUGAUGAUGAUGGAGAUGGGGAUUCAGAUAGAAAAAAAGUUUCGAAAUCAAAAAAGAAGAGUAACUUGGAUUUAGGACCUGCUGCAAAUGAAGGAUCUGCAAUUGAUUUGGAUAUUGGACCACCUGUUGAUGCAGUUCAAAAUAAAAAUUAUAAAACUAUUCAGCAGAUUCUACUUCGCCUUACACGUUUAUGUGUUCAAGAAAAUCCUACUGGCAAAAAACCUCGCAAACAUGAGCAAAGACUGUUAAGAAACAUGGGUGCCCACACAGUAAUUUUGGAACUUUUACAAAUCCCGUAUGAUAAGAAAGAAGACAUCCGUAUGAAUGAGCUGAUGAGGCUUGCUCAUGAGUUUUUGCAUAAUUUUUGCCUUGAUAACCAUGCUAAUCAAACAUUAUUACAUAAACAUAUUGAUUUGUUUCUAAACCCAGGGUUAUUAGAAGCACAAACAAUGAGAAGUAUAUUUAUGGAUAAUGUUGCUUUGUGCAAUGAGCUUAAUGAAAGAGUUGUGCAACAUUUUGUUCAUCUGAUUGAAACUCAUGGGCGGCAUGUGCAGUAUCUGAAAUUUCUUCAGACCAUAGUGAAAGCUGAGAAUCAAUACAUCAGAAAAGGACAAGAUAUAGUGAUGCAAGAGAUGGUGAAUGCAGGAGAAGAUGUAUUAGUGUUUUAUAAUGAUAAAACAUCUUUUAACCAUCUUGUAUCCAUGAUGAGGUCAGAGCGACAGAGAAUGGAUGAAGCCGGUCCAUUACAGUAUCACAUCAAUCUAGUUAAACUUUUGGCUUGUUGCACAGAAGGCAAGAAUGUAUUCACAGAAAUCAAGUGUCAUUCUUUACUUUCACUUGAUGAUAUUGUUCAAGUAGUUACUCAUCCAGAUUGUUUACCUGAGAUUAAAGAAGCGUACAUUAAUUUCCUUAGUCAUUGUUUUAUUGAUACAGAAGUUGAAAUGAAAGAAAUAUACACCAGCAAUCAUAUCUGGACUCUAUUUGAGAACUUCCUUGUGGAUAUGGCAAUGGUUUGCAAUUCUACUCAUGACAGAAGGCAUGCUGAUAUCCAAUUAGAAAACUAUGUCACAAAUUCUGUCAUGAAUAUUAUCACUACAUUUUUCAAUUCUCCAUUUUCAGAUCAAAGUACUACUGUUCAGAAGCAACUUUUGCAUGCUAGGGUGUUCUGGGCACAAGGGCAAAUUACUGCUAUCGAUCUUAUUAAUACUCACCAGCCUGUUUUUGUUCGUCUUCUGCAAGGAGCAUUUCGAAUGUCCAACUGUCAAUGGCUAAGUAUUCAACAAAGAAUGAACGUUGAAAGCUGUAUCAAGACAUUAUCUGAUAUUGGAAAAAAUCGAGGAAUUGCUAUACCUGUAGAUUUAGAUACACAAGUGUCUGCAAUGUUCAAUAAAAAUGCUAUGAUCAGUAAGCACACUAGAGCUUGGUUAUCUGCUGCCCGUACACCUCGAAGAAUUCCAUCCGCCGUUAAUGUUUUUCGUAAUGACCGUAGUAUUAUUGAGGGCUUGCAGGAUAUUGUGUCCCUCUUAGAGGAUCAACUCCAUCCUCUUGUCCAAUCAGAGUUGUCAGUGUUAGUUGAUGUUCUGCAUCGACCUGAACUUUUAUUCCCUCCUGGAACUGAAGCUAGGAAAAAAUGUGAAAAUGGUGGAUUCAUAUCAAAACUUAUAAGUCACACUGAAAGAUUGUUAGAGGAAAAAGAAGAAAAGCUUUGCAUUAAAGUGUUGCAAACUUUAAAAGAAAUGAUGUCAUUAGACCCAGACUAUGGAGAAAAGUUGUUCUUUUAUCUUCAUGCUGCAAUCGUUAAGGCUGAGGUGAAGGCUUAUACUAAGAAAGAACUUGAAGAUCAAAUGAGGGGUGAAGCAUUACGUCAAACACUGAUUUUGAGAUAUUUUGGAAAGACGCAAGCUAAACGUGACAGUAUUGCAAAUGGGAAACAAGCACUUCAUCCUCCAAAAGCAGCAGCUCCUAUAACUCAUGGUCCUGGUGGUGUUAUUCUGACCAGGGCUGAAAUGACUCUUGCUGAAGUUCAAUGCCAUUUAGACCAAGAAGGUGCGUCAAAUUUAGUUGUUGAGCUGAUUAUGAAGAAUCCUAGCAAUGCUAUAUUUUUGGAAAGUGUGGAACUUGGUAUUGCAUUGCUUGAAGGUGGAAAUCCAGUUAUUCAGAAAUCUAUGUUGCUUAAACUUACUGCCGGAAAUUUUUCUGAAAAAUUUUUUAAAGUGUUCUAUGAUAAAAUGAAAAAUGCUCAGCAAGAAAUUAAAUCAUCUGUGACGGUAAACACUGUGGAGUUAACUAAUAAAACUGGUGAAGAAAAAGACAGUAUUCCAAAAGAUCUCAACAAAGAUGGCAGGAGAAUUAAAAAUAUUAAACAGAAUGGCUUAGUUAUGACUGAUGAAUUAAAAGAAGAAUUGGAAGAUGCGGCUGCUGCUACAAGUAAAGCAUAUGCUCAUGUUCGAACUCUUGGUACUCAAGGAGCUGCUGCGAAUGCUGAAUCAGAUUUAUUAAACCUUGGAACAGGGGCUCAUACCCACAUUGCUCUUGAAGAAAUUUUAGCAGAAAAGGCUGAAAAAGCAAAAGAUGCCGAAGAAAACAAACUUCCCCAAGAAGUAGUUCUGAUGCAGCCUAAACUCUUGUGUGAAAACCAUAAUUAUGAUUUGCAAAAUUUCUUGAGAAACCAAACCAAUAAAAAUAGUUACAAUGUUGUAUCUGAAACUCUUAUGUUCCUUGAUUGUAUAUGUGGAAGUACUACAGGAGGCCUUGGAUUAUUAGGUUUAUAUAUUAAUGAACACAAUGUUGCUUUAGUUAACCAAACUUUAGAAACACUUACUGAAUAUUGCCAAGGACCAUGCCAUGAAAAUCAAAACUGUAUUGCUGUCCAUGAAAGCAAUGGCAUUGAUAUAAUAAUAGCCCUUAUACUGAAUGACAUAAAUCCUUUGGGGAAGAAACGAAUGGAUUUAGUCCUUGAACUGAAGAACAAUGCAUCAAAAUUAUUGCUGGCAAUAAUGGAAAGCAGAGGUGACAGUGAAAAUGCUGAACGAAUUCUCUAUAAUAUGAGUCCAAAGCAACUGGUGGAUGUGGCAUGCAAUGCCUACCAUCAAGAAGGUGAGGAUGAAGACGAUGAUGACAGUGACGAUGUCACUGAAGUGGAUGAUGGUGUUUCUCCUAAAGAAGUUGGACAUAACAUAUACAUUUUGUGUCAUCAAUUGGCUCAGCACAAUAAAGAUUUAGCUAAUAUGCUGAAGCCUAAUUUAGCUGAUCCUGACUCUAAGAUGAAUCAAGCCUUACAGUAUUAUGCUAGCCACACUGCUCAAAUUGAGAUUGUUCGAAAUGACCGUACAAUGGAGCAGAUUGUUUUUCCAGUGCCUCAAAUUUGUGAGUUUUUAACUAGGGAGUCAAAGAUGCAAGUAUACUUCAAAGCUGAAAGAGAUGAACAAGGAAGCAAAGUUUCUGAUUUCUUUGAAAGAACUGAUGAUUUAUUUAAUGAAAUGAAAUGGCAAAAGAAAUUAAGAGGUCAACCUUUGCUUUUUUGGGUCAGUCGUCACAUGUCUAUGUGGAGUACAAUCGCCUUCAACUUAGCUGUGUUAGUUAAUGUGAUAGUUGCAAUUUUUUAUCCUUUUCCUGAUUUUUCAGGAAAAAUUGAUCCUCGCAUAUCUGGUUUAAUAUGGACUGUUAUGUUUGCAUCAUUGGCUGCAGUUAUUACCGUGCCGGGAACUACUGUCAUUCGCGCUUAUGUGUUUUCAACAAUUCUGCGCAUGAUUUAUUCUGUAGGACUUCAACCUACGCUAUGGAUGCUUGGUACCAUAAAUGUAGUAAUUACAGCUGUUCAUUUGGUUAGUAUCAUGGGCAAUCAUGGGACAUUCACAAAAAGUUUCAGACAAAUACUUACAGAUUUUGAACUGUUAUAUCAUAUGGUUUAUCUAAUAUUUUGUAUAUUGGGACUGUGUGCUCAUCCUUUCUUCUAUAGUGUUCUGCUUUUAGAUGUUGUCUAUCAGGAGGAAACCCUGAAAAAUGUCAUUAAAUCAGUUACAAGAAAUGGCCGUUCCAUCAUUUUAACAGCUGUUUUGGCUCUCAUCUUAGUUUAUCUGUUUUCAAUUAUUGGUUAUCUGUUUUUCCGAGAUGAUUUUCUCAUGGAAGUGGACAGCCAUGUGCAAUCCAAACUGCCAGCUGCUAUUGGUGUGGAAGAUGAUUCUGAAUCUAUGCCAUCCCAGCCUUACCAAGUGCCAAUUCCUAAAGAUGAACAUUGUUAUGCAAAGGAUUCUAAUUGUGCUAAUAAACCUGAAAAUAUGUAUAGUCCUCCUGUUGAAAAUUCUACUUUAAAUGAAAGCGAAAAGAAUAUGUCUUUAGUAUUAAAAAAUGCAACUGAAGAAGAAGAUGAUGAGGAUGACACUACUACAGAAAGAGCCUGUGAUUCUCUGUUAAUGUGUAUUGUUACAACACUAAAUCAAGGUUUGCGAAAUGGAGGUGGCAUAGGAGAUGUUCUUAGAGCACCCAGCGCAAAGGAACCUCUAUUUGUUGCCAGAGUGAUAUAUGAUUUGUUGUUCUUCUUUGUGGUCAUCAUUAUUGUUUUAAAUCUAAUUUUUGGUGUGAUCAUUGAUACUUUUGCUGAUUUAAGAAGUGAAAAACAGCAAAAAGAAGAAAUUCUUAAAAAUACAUGUUUUAUUUGUGGUUUGGAUAGAGCUUCAUUUGAUAAUAAAACAGUAUCAUUUGAAGAGCAUAUACGAUGUGAACAUAAUAUGUGGCAUUAUUUGUAUUUCAUAGUUCUUGUAAUUGUAAAAGAUCCAACAGAGUUUACUGGCCCUGAAAGUUAUGUUGCAUCUAUGAUAAAGGACCGUAAUCUUGAUUGGUUUCCACGAAUGCGUGCUAUGUCUCUGGCUGCUGAUGAAGCGGAAGGAGAACAAAAUGAACUUCGUACUUUGCAAGUUCAACUAGAAAAUACUCAGAAAUUAGUGUCUACAUUAUCUCAUCAGUUGGCUGAAUUAAAGGAUCAAAUGACUGAGCAACGAAAACAGAAACAAAGAUUAGGUCUUCUUGGAGCGCCAUCUGUUCCUGGAGCUUUCCAUCAAACUUCUACUUCAAGUUCUGUUGCUGUGUAGUUAGUUUAUGAAAUAGUUACUUCCAUAGAAUGCUCAACUUGUUUGGGGAUAAAUCACUACUUUGGCAGUCAGGUGUAAGUUAAAGGCAUCUGUGUGUAUGUGGUUGAAUACAUGAGGACCAGAAACUGAUUUUAAAAACUGUAUAGUUAUGUUUUAAGAAUAAAGAAUUUUGAAAUUUUUACACGUAUAUAACAAUUGGAUUUUACGAAAGGGAAGCAAUAUUUGUGUAAAGAUAUGUUUGAGUCUGCCGGCAGACAUUUAUAUUCAAUAAAAUUCAACUCCUGUUACUGUUUUUACUUUAUAGAAGCUUUCAAAUUGAUGUUCGAAUUUCUAUUGAUAUUUUAUAAAUUCUUUUGUACAUAACUUCUGUUGCUAGUCAAGUUGUUACAUUGUUUACCAUCUAAAAGUAUGUAUACUGCAUAAAUUAUACCUAUAUAUAUUUACAUGUAUCGUUAUAAAUAUGUUUAUCUAAUUUUUAAUACUUAAUAUAAGUAGUGCUUGAAAUUUUUUUAAGGUUUAAAAUUUUAUUUAUGUUGGCAUUAUAGCAUGCUUUGUUCUAAGUGUAAAAUGUCUUCGGCAUGCUCUGAAUUUGUUGUUUUAUUUUAUAUAUAUUGGUUUAAAAUAUCGUUGUUCUUGAAUUUUUUUAAAAUGCUUUUUAUUUUUAUCAAGCUUUUUUUAUAAGAUCUGAGACUCCUUUAGUGUAAAAAGUUUAAUUAAGUUUGCAAUUCUUCUUUUCUUUAAAAUCUAAAACUUAGAGUAUUCUAGCUUUAUAUUUCAGUAUGCGCUUCAAUACAAAUAUUCUUAAUUAGUCUAAGUUGCAUAGUUGUUAUAAAGUUCAUAGUACAUGUAGAACUAGAAGUCUUAGCUCUUUCUUUUUUUGUUUCUGCUUAAAGCUGUGUUUGUAAUUACUUUACAAACAAACCUCUAACUAUUUACCAUCUUUUGCAUUUUUUUACAAAAUAUUUUUCCUGUAAAUGUGAAAUUCACUAGUUAUUUGUACUUGAGAUCUCUUUAACUAUGUAAAUAUUUAUAAAUAUGAAAUUUUUAUUCUCAACAUCUUGUAGUUGAAAACAAAUACAACUUCUAAGGAUUUUAAUCAAAAGCAGUUUUAUCUUAUUUAUUUUAUUAUUAAUGGAGCUUGGUUGUACUUUGUUUGCUUUUAAGCAUUAUGAUUCUUUUUUUUAUGUUAUGACAUUUUUAAACAAAAUAACGAUAAUGAAAAAUAUCGACUUUUGCUAAUUACUUUAAUAGCUUGUAUACUUAUUCAUAUAAGGUUAAAAUUGCCUUUAAAAGCAUGUUUUUACACAAAAAUGCCAAAUUUUAAAAAAAUACCACAGUCUUCCAAAGGUGAAUUAAAACAACGGAAUCAAAGCUCCAUUGUGUGAAUUGCACAUAAUUGGCCUAAAUGUUCUUUAUAUAAGCAAUAAAAUGUAAUGAUCAAUUGGUGUAGAUGUUAAAGAAAAAUUGUUCUAGUGUUAGUUUGUUUUUAUAUUUAUAUCAUUUUUGUGAUAUAAAAUACAAAACGCUUUCAUUUUUAAUUUAACAAAGUUUGAGUUUCGAUUUAAUACUUCAUAAAAAUUCUUAUAAUAGUUUAAACAAUUUAUUUUGAAAUCCUCAGUGAAAUUACUCUACAAAUUAUAAUAAUUUUGAAAACAGAUCAAGAUUACUUACAAAAUUUUUUUUUUUUUAACCUAGUAAAAAAUCAAGCUUAGUCGACAGGUUUAUAAGAAAAUAAUCUUGUUCUUUGACUAAUUAAUACGAUACAUUUUCUGAAAUAAAUAAGUGCAACUUAAUAAAGACUUUAUAUACGUUAAUUAAAAUUAAUGUUUACAUUUGUACCACACUUUGUUGUCUCUCCAAAACUGGAGUAAUCCUUAAUCUAUAAGACAAUAAUUUAAUUACCUAGAUAUUCGUCUGGGCAAAUUUUAAAUUUAUAAUUGUGCUCAAAUAUGAACUUAAAGAGUUGAAAAAUUAAAAAAUAAUUUAUAUGUUAUUUUAUAAUUUUUAUUUUAUCUUGAUGAUCUUUUUUUUUAGUAAAAAAAAUUUACCCAUCAAGUUUUUAGUAUAAUGCUCAAAAUCUUCCUUUAAAGAAGUGAUUUCCACACCUAAGGACUUCUAUAUGCCUUACUAAAUGGUGGACCAUAUGCAAUAAAUAGAACAAACACCUAUAUAAGCCUAGGUCUACUGAGUAUUAAUUAAAAGAAUGAAUGUUAUAGUUGCAUUAGCCUAUUUAUUUAUGAAAGUAAUCAAAAUGUAAUAAUGAAAUAAAUGUAAUAAUAAGUAUGGAAUAUAAAAUAUUACUAUUGCUUUUCCUCUAAUGUAUAAUCAGGAAACAUUAGUUUCUGAAAUGGGACUGUUUUAAAGGCAUCAAUUAACAGGAAAUUAUAUUAUUCAUUGAAUUCUAUUAUUCAUUGAAUUCUAUUAUUCAUUAAAUAAUUUUUUUUUGAACUAUUUACAACGCAUAUAUAAAGCAAGUAGAGAGUGCCAAACUUAUUGGGGCUCUAAUUUUCACCUUAAUGACUCUCUUAAUCUUGCAUUUUUUUAA